AUAGCGCUUUUCAAAAACCCAAAGACGCUUUGGAGGGAAGAAGUGGUUUUAAAUGUUUCAAUUGUUUCAAGCCUCUCAAAUAUAGAAGCAAUUUUGUGACCAUAUUCUUCGAGCCAGAUUAUUAGAAUGUAAUUGUGAUGAAUAUUUUUGGGGUUUAAUCAGGCAGAAGCAUGCUUUAGACUAGUUAUAUGCUUAAGACUGGAUAUAAUUUAAGUACGCUUAGGAUACGUGUGAGUAGGACAAAAGAGGCCCCGGAAGUCCGCGGGAGCAAUGAAGGCGUGUUUUUUUAUUUCUUUUUUGGCCUUGUCCGUAUCCGGUGAUGGGAUCAACGGUGAUUUUGCCAUAUUACGUGAACCUUCUGGUCUGUUCAACUGAGAUGACACUCAGAGAGUAAACUUCAGCGAACGACUCUAAAUUGCAAGAACUUUCCAUUAAGUCCGUCAAAUUGGUCGGGAAGCCGCCGCGUACGCCAACGACAGGCAUAUAGUGCUGCACGAGACGAGCGUGGACAGGAAUUAACACGGGAGUGAAAGAAAACAAUUGGUCCGUGAGUAUACCGAAGCAAUGAAGGUUCUCAAGAUCUUACAGAAGCUCAACCAUCUAGACAUCACAGUAGAUGUUCUUGCUGAAACUGGAAUCGGGAGAACUGUGAAUUCCUUUCGCAAGCACAAAGAAGCAGGAGAAUUAGCCAAAUCACUGGUCAAAGGUUGGAAGAAAUUAAUCCCCAAGAAGUCAACAAGUGAUCCAGAAGAUGGAAACAUAUCAGACAAUUUGUUCAUCAGUGACCAAAAUCACCUAAAAAAUGGAGCCCAUAUAAUAGAGGAUUUCAACAAUAAUUGCAAGGGUUUAAAAAAAUUGACUGAAAAAUGUCAUACUGAGGAAAUACUUGAUCCUAAAAACAAAAAGGACAAGUGCAAAACAAGUGACAAAGAUGACUCAAAGACAUUGGGAAAUGGCAUCUUGAGUUUAAAAAAUGCUUUUCUCGAGGACAAAUGUGAUUAUUCCGUUUCCAAGCACAAGAAAAAUGGAGAUUGUAAAUCCAGGUCUGACCGUCUGGCACAAGUGAGACACAAAAGUGGCUUAGAUUGUGGGGGCUCUUCUUUGAAAAGAAAGAAAGACAAGUCAAAGCCAUCAAAGAAACCCCAACGGGACUGUGCGGAAACCUUCUCAUCCCGUGACAAACCCUCAGAGAAGUCCCCUAACUUAAAUAAUGCUCGACUGGACAUAUCACCAAGUAGCUCUGAUGACCAAAACAGGAAAAGGAAGAAACGGCAGAAAGAAAGGAAAGACGAGUCUGAACAUGAUGACGUUUCAGAACCCUCAAAUAAAAAGACCAAAAUACAGCAAGAAAGUAGUGAGAGUGGACUGGAGGAGCCAUCCAUGUCUUUUGAAUCGUACUUGAACUACGACCAAGAGGUCUCGAAGAAGCUUGAUCGCCCCAGAGGAAAGAAAACAUCUAAAAGGAUCAAUAUUGUCAUAAAGGAGCUGCCUCCUGUCAAACACACCGAGUCCCCGAGGAUUCCCGUUUCUCCCAAAAAGAUGUUUCUGGAAUCUCCAAAGGACCAUCUUUCCAUUUCUAUACCUACCUUUCUACCGGAAUGUGACAAAGCCUCCGGUUUUGAAUACCUUGAGAAGAAAGUUGAGAAGGAGCCUGAUUUUGAAGACCUACCAGAGGACUCUACAUUCUUCACAGGCCAGCGGCUAAAUAAAAAAAUGCAGGUCUACUCUGGAGCCAAGACGGUUUUCCUCCCUACGAUGAUGAGCUUGUACCAGCAGUGCAUCCGCACGCUGCAAAACAACAUUAACUUGCUCUAUGAAACUGGCGGAGUCCCGUUUGAAAUCCUUGAGCCGGUAUUGGAGAGGUGUACGCCGGAGCAGUUGCUGCGUAUUGAGGAAUGCAAUCCGGUCUACAUCGGAGUGACAGACCACCUGUGGGGGAACCACUGCCAAAGGGACUUCAAGGAUGCCAAACUUCAGCAGUACGAGUCGUGGAAAGAAAUGUACAUCAGACUUUCUGAGGAGCGGGAAAGAAAGUUCCAGUCGUUAGCCAAAAAAAUCAUUUUGGAUCAUUCCAAGAAACCUAAAGGCCGGCAAGUGAAGAUGGCAUUUAUUCACACUGUUGCUAAGCCACCGAGAGACGUGCGUAUCCAACAAGAAAUCCACGGCACUGCGGUUCAGCAGCCUCAGCAACCCAGGAGCAAUGUCAAGUCCCAGGACAGCAGAUCAAAACUGAGCAAUGAAUCCGCAAAGAACAACAGUAGCAGCAGCAGCAGCACCGGCACACAAGACCCUCGCAAGAAAACAAGGGUGGCGCCAAUGAUGGCAAAGUCCCUAAAGGCCUUCAAGAAGCAGCUGGGUCGACGAUAACUGCAGGCACUUGAAUGAUCUUGCCCUUUGUGUUUUGUCAUGGUCAUUGACACUGUUCACUUUGGAUUACUGUGUGACAACAAAUCCAGCUGAGUACUAUAUUUCUUUGGAAAUGUUAUUUUUCCCCACGAGUGAAUAAUAAACAGUCAUAAAAAGCAAAA